AUGAAGUUCGCUACCACUGCCAGUGCCCUUCUCCUCGCCGGCUCUGCCGUUGCCUCUCCUCUCUCCCAGCGCGUUGCUCGCCGCAACCGCCAUGGUAUCAGCCGUCCUAACGCCCGUGUGACUGGAACCCGUUUGGACCAGAAGAACAACGACCAAAGCACCAACUGGUCCGGUGCUGUCCUUGUUGACUCCGGAUUCACCAAGGUCUCCGGAAGCGUUGUUGCUCCCACCGCUUCCAUCCCCAGCGGUGGUGAUGACACCACCCAAUACUGCGCCAGUGUUUGGGUCGGUAUUGACGGAGACACCUGCCAGAGCGCUCUCUUGCAGACCGGUUUCGACUUCUGUAUCCAAGGCAGCUCCGUCUCCUACGAUUCCUGGUACGAGUGGAUUCCCGACAACGCCUAUGACUUCUCCGGUAUCGACAUCUCUGCUGGUGACACCAUCGAGAUGAGCGUUGAGGCCACCAGCCAGACCAGCGGUGUUGCUACCAUUACCAACCAGUCUAACGGUCAAUCCGUCACCCACACGUUCACCUCCAGUGAGGUUCAGAGCUCCCUCUGCCAGACCAACGCCGAGUGGAUCGUUGAGGACUUCACCAUCAUCAAUGGCGGAUCCCAGUCUCUUGCUCCUUUCCCUGCCUUCGACAGCGUCACCUUCACUGAUGCCACCGCUACCAACGGUGGCGGUUCCGUCGGCACCUCUGGUGCUAAUCUCAUCGACUUGAUUGAUCAGAGCGGCAAUGUUGUCACCACUUCCAGCGCUUCUGGCAACCAGGUUGUCGUCACCUACCAGUAA